UAGUGUUGUUUGUGUUGGUCAGAUCACCGGUAAAAAGCUGUCAGAAAAAUCAGUUAGGGUAAUUGGACUAACCUAACAGGUAGGUGUACUGGUCAACUUUUCAGUGGUCAGUGCAGGUUCAAGAUGAAAGUUCGCUGAUAUCAGUAUUGAGUGUAGAACUGACCACAAGUGGCCAGACAGACAGCAGGACAAAUGAUGACUAUGAUUGAUGGGGAGGACAGCAGUAAUAUUGAGGUUUGCUGUUAAUAAGCUGGACAGUUCGACACCAGUGGCCUAAGACCAACAAUAAAUAAGCUGGACAGUCCGACACCACUGGCCUAAGACCCACAACAAAUAAGCUGAACAGUCCGACACCAGUGGCCUAAGACCCACAAUAAAUAAGCUGGACAUUCCGACACUAGUGGCCUAAGACCAACAAUAAAUAAGCUGGACAGUCCGACACCAGUGGCCUAAGACCCACAAUAAAUAAGCUGAACAGUCCGACACCAGUGGCCUAAGACCCAAUAUAAAUAGGCAGGACAGUCCGACACCAGUGGACCAAGGUAAAAUAUACUGGGCAGUAGAGGACAGAGGCUAUUUAUAAACCGGAGAGCGAUGGAACUGUCAACAAUGGAGAUGUGACAGUAAUACAUCACUUUUAUACUGCACCAAACUAUUUUUACCUACAUUAAACAUACUUCUACACAAAUAAAUAUCUCCAAGCAGCAUUUUAAUAUUUUCUAGUAAACGCGUCACGGUGAGAGAAUAAUCUUAUCUCCAAACAGCCUAGAGAUAUAUAACAAGAUUUGUGUACACCUGUACAUAGUGUGGACUGUCCUAUACACAGAAAAGUGCCUUUUUUCACCCAACUCUUACUUUUGUACUGGUUAUAUAUGGAAAGCUCAACAAAUACCAAGGACAUUGUGGCCGGCUGCUUUCCUGUGAACAACUAGACAACACAAGGUCAAUAGAGAUUCUGUAUUACAGUGUUUAGAAGGUGUGACUGCCUCACCAGAACGAAAACCAGAUACAGCCAAAUUACACGGCCUCUUCAAUCUGUGCCUUCUCACUGGAACAAGAAUUACCAUUAUUAUAUCACAGGUUUUUGUGGAUCUUUGUGAUGAUCUACAAUUCUCAGGGAUUAUCUAUAUCUAUAGGUACCUACACAACAGGUGCAUUGAUAAUCCGCCUGUGGAUAAUCCAUCGCAAAACAGACUCUUAUGUGAGUAAGACCGAUUUAAUCUAAUAAAUCAACACAUUUUAAUCGGAUCAAUAAUUGGCGAUUUUCACACCUCUAACUUGGAUUAGUCCACAUAAAUACAGAUCCGGUAAUCCUAAAUGUGGUGAGUGUACUUCUCAAUGCAGACUUUUAUAACUAUCCUCCCUCAUCUGUGAUUGAACUCUCUUUACAUCAGGAAGUUAUGACAUUUGUCUGAUACAAAUGGACAGUACGUCAUGUUCCUAUUCUACGGUUAGAAAUAAUUAAUGUCAUGUGUUUAUGAUAUAGCUGGAGAAUAUGACUUCCAUCUAUAAAAUAGGAGGAUGAUACGUCACAUUUCUAUAACUCAGUGAGAGAAUACAACACAUGUUUAAACUAAGGUUGGAAAUUGUUAGGCUUUCACUUACUGUAAUACAGUCGGAAAUUACAUGUUUCCGUAACAUAAGACUCGAUAUUAUGUAAUGUUUAUGUAACGCAACUGGAGAUUACGUCAAGUUUUCGUAAUACAACUGGAGAUAACGUCAUGUUUUCGCAAUACACCUGAAGAUUAUGUCAUGUUUUCGUAAUACAACUGGAGAUUAUGUCAUGUUUUCGUAAUACAACUGGAGAUUACGUCAUGUUUUCGUAAUACAGCCGGAUAUUGCAGUCUUUUUUAAAUAAAGCUGGAUAUUAUGUUGUGUCUAUGAUACAACUGGAUUCUAAUUCAUGAUUCCACCGUGUUUCUUUAAAACAGCCAGAUUGCGUCGUGUUUCUCUAAUACAGCCAGCUUACGUUGUGUUCCUAUAAAACAGCCAGAUUACGUUGUGUUUCUCUAAUACAGCCAGAUUACGUUGUGUUUCUAUAAUACAGCCAGAUUACGUUGUGUUUCUUUAAAACAGCCAGAUUGCGUCGUGCUUCUCUAAUACAGCCAGCUUACGUUGUGUUUCUAUAUUACAGCCAGAUUACGUCGUGUUUCUAUAACACAGCUGGAGUUUACUUGAUACAUCCAUAAUUCACAAUAAAGGAUUCUAACAUGUUGAUAUAAUCGUGUAAACAACAGAUGUACAGGUGUGGUCUGUGUUUACUAGUGUGUCACGCAAUGUAACUGUUUAGAAGACAAUUAAUGACAAGUAGAAUGGAUCUUCAUUUAACAGCUUGGCUCACAUGAUAAUUCAAUUGAUUUUCUACUUAGUUCUAGAUGCUUAAACAAAGUACUUCUGCUGACAGUACAACCCUAAUAAGCCAAAGGAUGAAGAUCACGACGCCAGAGUCACGUGCAAAGUAGUUACAACAAAAUCAGGCAAAGAUGGUGAUCAUGAAUGUAACGGCUACACCCUUGGUAACUUUUUUCAACACCACUGAUCCAAGUUUAUUAACACAAUUCUCUAAUGUUAUAAAUGCUACUUCGUGGACAAACUUUAAGCCUCAAACCUUACAUGAGCGGGCCGAGGUGAUCCUCACCCAGCCGGAAACCAUUCUAAUUUUAGUGUUGAGUUUUUUGGCUCUUUUAUUGAAUACAUUGUCUAUCAGUGCCACAGCUAACAUCCCCCAUGGACUGACCACUCACUCCAAACUCAUCAUCAGUCUCGCUGUGUCCGACAUUCUCGUCACAUUCAGCGUCUUUUUUCAUGUACUCAACAAAGUCUUUAAUUUGGCCAAAUUUCCACCAGUGUUGAAUCCAGAUGAACGUUUAACGUCGUCCUGCAUGUUUGCGCUUAUCAACGGACUAAACACGAUGGCUCAUUUGAUUUCUCUCCUGAACCUUUUAGCCAUGGCCAUCGACCAUUACAUCGGUGUGCUUUGGCCUCUUUACUACCACACGAUUCUGAGUCAAAUCAAGGGGAACAUCAUGAUCGCGUUGCUGUGGAUUCUCGCCUUCAUCGGCGGGUUCUGUAACUUCUUGACAGGUGUGAGUUCACACAAAGAUUAUGUACGCUUCCUCAACUACUGCGAGGUAAUCAUGUACAACGAUUUCCACGGAGAAUACCUCAUUAUGGCCUUCACAUUUAUCUGCCUCGUGUCCAUCUCUUUCAUCUACAUACGUAUCUACUGUGAGGUUAGGACCAUCAACAGCAGACUAACGUACCUACAGAAGGACAGCUUCCAUAACAACAAGUCCAUGAUUACCACACUACUCAUCAUAGGGACCUUCAUCCUCUGCUAUCUUCCUACGUGCAUUUUUCAAAUCGCCAUGGUGAUCCAGAUUCACGUAAAUCGGGACAUGGUACAAAAGUUGUUUUCGACGCUAUUACGCGCCAACAAAUAUCUUUAUGCACUGUUAUUACUGAACUCUGUGUGUGACCCAAUUAUUUACGCAGUGCGUCUGCGGGAUGUUCAAAAGGGCUACUACCGACUUUUGUCUCGUUGUUUUAAGUGUUACGCCAUUAAGAUCAAAGAGGAAUGGCAGAACUCCUACUUAGAUCGUCGAAACACAAGGACAAAAUCUUCCAUUGUGGAAUUGGACGACGGAGACUCGGGAGAAGACUGCGAGCCAAUAGAUGAGCUUAUUACAGACAAAGCGAACAAGGAUCACGAUAUAGAAAUGUCCACGAUUUCGUCCGGAACAAGGUUCUUGAUUAAUGGGAAAUUCCAAGAGCAAGAACAGAUUUCAUGACAAAGCGGUAAAAUUACAUAUGAUAUUAGUGAUGAGCUAGUAGUUAAUCGGAGUGGCCUAUUAUGCUAAAGACGUAUGGACUUGAAUUAUCUGGUAUUAUGGUCGGACUUGGCCCUGACAACAUGUUUGGGACAUGAUGUGUAAUAUUGACAGUAAUAUGUGUCUAUGACAACUGGUAUAUGUCAGGGUGAUAUUUCUGGAAUAUGUUUGAUAAUUUCUGAUGCUGUAAAUAUUCUGUAAUUAAGUAAUGAAUAACCAAUGUGACAAUCAAACAGAGUGCAGAACUUGGUGUGAUAUUAUAGUGUGAUAUUUGAUGCGAUAGAUAUAAACAGUACAA